GGUGGAGCUAUUGUUGGGUUCUUCUGUUGCCAACUUCUUCAUCCAUCCAUUUAGUUGUAGUCCACAUUGUGAGCGAAGUCGUAUUGAAAGAAGCUUCUCAUUCGUAAUGAAACACGUGAAAUAAUGAGGAGGGAGAUAGCAGCAGUGGUUUUCUUUCUGAAGAGGCUUGUGAAAAAGGGGGAGAAGUUGGAAUCUCACAAGAUUGAGCUGUUUGUGGAGCGCCUGGCUGUUGCCCUGCAGGAGAAGUUCAAGGGACACUGGUAUCCUGAAAACCCCAGCAAAGGGCAGGCAUACAGGUGCAUUCGAGUGAACAGGUUGCACAGGCAGGAUCCAGAGCUCCUACGAGCCAGCCGGGAGAGCGGGGUGAAGUAUGGUGACCUGGGACUGCCCCGUGAACUCACAUUGUGGGUGGACCCUGGAGAGGUUUGUUGCAGGUAUGGAGAGCAGAGUCCUUGUUUCUCAGUUGCCACUUUCAGUGGUGAUGAAGAAGAUGACAAAGACGUUGCAAAGAAGGUGACCAGUGCUCUGGAGAGGGUGACAUCUGACUAUCACUCCGGCUCUUCUUCUGAUGAGGAUAGCACACACACAUCCCCCCUCACAGUCCCCAGACGAUGGGCUCAUCAGGUCAUGAAUCCAGCAGCUCCUUCAUGGCAGCCCAAAAAAAUGGGACCAGCCAAAGGCGUGGGCCUCCCUCGGCCCCUCUAUGGCUACAGGCCUCGCAGCAGCAGAGCCCCCCAUUCCCUGGGACAAAACCUUUGGAUCCCUCCAGUUUAUGGCAGGACCCCUGAAUACUGGGACACAAACCAAAAUCUGGCACAUUGUUACAGUUAGGACCGUUGGUGCUUGUUGUUCACACUGGACAUUAAAACCUGAAGAAAACUUUAACGACUGACUAAUAACUUUUUACAUAAAUUUUUAUAACUUAAAUAUUGUUUUUGAUAAAGUCUUUUUGCACUUUAGACAUUUUUUUGUUCUAGAUGAAAUAGAUCACUUGUAUUAAAUUAGGAAGUGGAAUUAGAAUACUACACUUGUAAUUUUGAAGUACUGUAUUUUUUAAUUACAGGAGACAUUCAUGUACACCACCCGAUGUCCUUUGUGAUGAAAUGUUUUAUUUAUUCAGAGAAAGUUUUCCAAAUGUAUAGGCUUAAAGUUAUGACGUUUUAUUAAACAUUUCCAAGCAUCACUAUA